CCGCCCUAGGGGGAGACGGGAGGAGGCGCGGCGGCAGAUCCAGUGGGAGACGCUAUCGCAAGAUGGCGUCUGCGAGGCCGCGGGAUGCAGAGUGAGCGCGCCCCGCCGGGGGCUCUGCGAGACUGCUCCUCUCCCCGCCGCCGCCGCCGCCGCCGCCGCCGCCGCCGCCGCCACUGCGGCGCCGCCUCUCCUCCUGCCAUUGCGCCGCGGCCAAGCCUCCCCGCCUCGCAGCGGUGCCCUGCCUCCCGGCCUGCAGCCUCCUCGCGCGCCCGCGCCCCCACCACGCCCCUCCGACUCCCCGCUCGCUCCGAGGUGUGAGCGCAUCGGGCCGAUGCGGUGAUCUCCGGCCGGCCUGGAAGGAGCGCGUGGACCGGCGGGCGGCGGCGAGCGGUUGGCAAGCGCCUUUACAAUGGCCCUGACCCUGUUUGAUACAGAUGAAUAUAGACCUCCCGUUUGGAAAUCUUACUUAUAUCAACUGCAACAAGAAGCCCCUCAUCCUCGGAGAAUUACCUGUACUAAUGAGGUAGAAAAUAGACCAAAGUAUUACGGAAGAGAGUUUCAUGGCAUGAUCUCCCGAGAAGCGGCAGACCAGCUCUUGAGUGUAGCUGAGGGGAGCUACCUCAUUCGGGAGAGCCAGCGUCAGCCAGGAACCUACACUUUGGCUUUAAGAUUUGGAAGUCAAACCAGAAACUUCAGGCUCUACUACGAUGGAAAGCACUUUGUUGGGGAGAAGCGCUUUGAGUCCAUCCACGAUCUGGUGACUGAUGGAUUGAUUACUCUCUAUAUUGAAACCAAGGCAGCAGAAUACAUUGCCAAGAUGACGAUAAACCCAAUUUAUGAGCACAUAGGAUACACAACCUUAAACAGAGAGCCAGCAUACCAAAAACAUAUGCCAGUCCCGAAAGAGACACUUGAUGAGAAAGAUUCUACAGGCCAGGAUGGGGUAUCAGAGAAAAGGUUGACAUCACUUGUUAGAAGAGCAACUCUGAAAGAAAACGAGCAAAUUCCAAAAUAUGAAAAGGUUCACAAUUUCAAGGUCCACACAUUCAGGGGGCCGCACUGGUGUGAAUACUGUGCCAACUUCAUGUGGGGACUCAUUGCUCAGGGAGUGAGAUGUGCAGAUUGUGGUUUGAAUGUUCAUAAGCAGUGUUCCAAGAUGGUCCCAAAUGACUGUAAGCCAGACUUGAAACAUGUCAAGAAGGUGUACAGUUGUGACCUGACAACACUCGUGAAAGCCCACAUCACUAAGCGGCCCAUGGUGGUGGACAUGUGCAUCAGGGAGAUUGAAUCUCGAGGUCUUAACUCUGAAGGACUGUACCGAGUCUCAGGAUUUAGUGACCUAAUUGAAGAUGUCAAGAUGGCUUUUGACAGAGAUGGUGAGAAAGCAGAUAUUUCUGUGAACAUGUAUGAAGAUAUCAACAUUAUCACUGGUGCACUGAAACUGUACUUCAGAGAUUUACCAAUUCCACUCAUCACGUAUGACGCCUACCCUAAGUUUAUAGAGUCUGCCAAAAUUAUGCAUCCUGAUGAGCAAUUAGAAACCCUUCAUGAAGCACUGAAACUGCUGCCACCCGCUCACUGCGAAACCCUCCGGUAUCUCAUGGCGCAUCUAAAGAGAGUGACCCUCCACGAAAAGGAGAAUCUGAUGAAUGCAGAGAACCUUGGGAUUGUUUUCGGCCCAACCCUCAUGAGAUCUCCAGAACUAGACGCCAUGGCUGCUCUGAACGAUAUACGAUAUCAGAGACUGGUGGUGGAGCUGCUUAUCAAAAACGAAGACAUUUUAUUUUAAAUUUUUAGUUUGAAGGAAAAAAAGAAAUGUUUUACAGAUGAAGGAAUGUUUUAUAGUAAUUUAAUUGGCUCUUAUAGCUGAAUUAUGUCUUGGUUAGAAGUUUGGGCAUAUAACCAGAUUAAAAUGAAGGAACUUCCCCAUUGUGUUCAUAGCACUGCUCCGCUGUCCUUGUAAAACAGUGAACACAUGCUUUCCAGUUCUCGUAGUCCUGGGUGUUUAUCAUGUUAAGAGAAACUCAAGCUAGUGCAUGAUUAGCCCCCUGUUUGGCAAGGGAACCCCAUACAAAGGAGACACAAGCCUGCGCCACCCCUUGUCCUGGGUCACCUGCGGUUGUAGUGCAGCAUGUUUCACACAGUAACUCUGUCGUGACUUUGCUUUUGGGUCCUGCGUCACUGGUUUCUGAUGCUUCCAUAAACAUGCACACAAAUGGAGAAACCAGCACCUCUGGCUGCCGCAUCGCCGUAGACUAUAACAUAUGCCUGCUUUUCUCAAAUGCUUUAUUUCUGGUUUCUCUUAGUUCUUCUCUAGCAUAGUACUUUCUUUCCAGCAAAAGCAAAAUGUGUUUUCAGAUUUGUUACUUUAGUAAAUUAUCUCUACCAAUAAAAAAGUACAACGCA